GGGUGUUGGUGUUGUACCUUUCGUACUAAUUUAGGUGCCGAGAUGGAAGCGAGUGGGGAGGAGAGUGAAAUGAGGGUGCACCAGGUGUACCCCUGGAUUAUUGUUGGAUGUUGGAUGUUGGAUGUUGGAUGGACAGCUCAGCAUUGCUUCUGGUUUUGAGCUUGAAUAGGUAUAUGGAGAUGAAUAUAAAUGUCUUUGUAAUUUACAAGAUAUUUGUCAUUUCUCUCAUGGAUGGUUUUCUCAAGCAAGGGAAAUGAUACAAAAAUGUCACCCAAGAUCGUCUCGUCUCGUCUCGUCUCCCCUUUCUAAUUCCUUCGGCUGCUGUUCUUUGCAUGGCCGCCUACCAAUCAGCGCGUCUCUGCCCCUGACAAGCCGCGAGAUUACUCGUACUUAUAUGCCAACCAACCUCACCAACCACCAACUACAGAAAGCUACGCUACGCUACCUACUGUAGGUAGACUAAGCUAAGCUUGGAGGCACGCCGCCGUUCAAGGUUCAACCUCCCUCCUCCUCCUUAUCCUCCUCCACUACUGUACUGUACUGUACAACUCACCACCGCUCUUUACACUUUAUACUUUAAACUUUACUGUCGUGUCGUGAUAUCCACGACGUUCGUUCCUUGCCUGCCUUGCAUUGUACUGCAUUGCAUUGCGCUGCGUUGUGUUGUGUUGUGUUGCAUUUAAUCCCCUACCUACACGCUCUUUAUGUGAUGCUAUCUUAAAUGUUGUGUACUGCAUUGAGAUGUGCAUAGACUGUCGACCGGACCGAUCCGACCUGAUUGAUUAAUCGAGCUUGCAGGUGUUUAUUGUAUGGGAUUUGUGGAGCUGCGAAACCCCCGGCACGACCUGGACUCGACGACCUCGCUCUGGCCUGGACCUGCCUGACCUGGGCCGACGUGCGAACUCGACUGGUUGACCGACGGAUUCGUUCGUUGAUUGAGACUUGAAACAUACAUUGUGCAGUGCGAUACGACACGGUUUAUCAGAGACGGAGGAGGGAGCGUAAUUGACUUUCGAAGGGAGGAUAGAAGGUUCGUGGAACGUUUGGAGAUCCGCCCCGAAUUCGAUUUUACUUGGGGAUCGAGACUGAGAGACUGAGACUGAGACUGAGUUCUACUGGAGGGAGGACACUCCCUUUCCCAGACGGAGGUAAAUUGACCCUCUGACCUGACCUGACGUUGCCUUUCCGUCCCGUCUUGAAAGGGAGGAGGAAAGAGGCUUCGGACGACGAAGACUUCCGAUCCUGCCACUUCCAUUUGCAGCAACCGUCGCUAUCAUGGAUAUGCCACCGCCGCCCACGAAGCCCCAGAAGGAGCAGGAGCAGGAGGACCAAAUCUCUGCAGACGCGACGCCGUGUGCUGUUGGUAAUUCUACGAGCCACAUAAGCCACAUUGCUCACGACUCUAUGGUCACAGUCCGACUCUCUGAACCACCUGCCCUCACAGUCGAUACUACGGUCCCCUCGAAACAGACGAGUACUCGGAGCAGCACACAGGAGGUCGUGGUGGAGACGGCUGACACACCGGGCAUACAGUUAGAUGGCGUAGCGGAAUCUGCAUCUGCAGUCGAGAAAGAGGAGGAGGAAUCGCCUAGAAUCACAAUGAUGGAUCCGAAUGGGAAUGGGCUGCUCAGUCCCUCGGGCUCGGACUCUGCGGGCUCGCAGAAUGGAGAAUCUAGAAGGGAGAGUGAUAGCUCGGACGAGUCGGUUGAGGGCGGUGGUGUCAAUUGGGAGGAGCUUCAGCAGACGGAGGAGAAUGAACCUAGGGAUGAGAGUUCUGACGAUUCCACAGCUUUGCUGCUCGCCAGACUGGAGCAGGAAAAUAACCUCCUUGUCUCAAACCCCAAAUCUGGUAUUGCGAAGGUACAGAUCGUAGAAAAUAUACGCCCUAGAGGCCAAUCGAGACCACCGUCUAUUCAACACCUCAAGAGACUGGUCAAUGGACCUACGCCUCCUGCUUUGCGAUACUCGAUGAUCCCGGCGCCGCCUAUGACGGACUUGGAGUUCUACGCUGCGCUGGUACAGGAUUACACAAGGACGGCACAAUGUCUACCUACACUUUUGUCGAAAAAGAUACGCAGUGGUAUCCCCCCGCCCUUGCGAGGUGUGGUGUGGCAGAGUAUGUCCGGUGCGAGGGAUUCACUCCUUGAGGAGCAAUUCGACAGAUUAUGUGGAGAGUCGAGUCCGUAUGAGGGAAUCAUUGGGAAGGAUCUCGGCCGCAGCUUUCCUGGAGUCGAAAUGUUUCGGGAUCCGGAGGGUGAUGGACAGAGGAUGCUGGGACGAGUCCUGAAGUGCUUCAGUCUGUAUGACCACAAGAUUGGGUAUUGUCAGGGGUUGGGCUUCCUUGUUGGCCCUCUGCUGAUGCAUAUGGGCGACAAGCAAGCCUUUUGCGUGCUUGUUCGGUUGAUGGAACAUUACGAUCUGCGAAGCUGUUUUCUACCUGAUCUUUCGGGACUCCAUGUUCGCAUCUACCAGUUCAAGAAGUUGAUGCAGCUGCAUCUGCCGGCCCUCUCUGCAUAUCUCGACCAGCUCCAAAUCGAACCAGCAUACGUCUCCCAGUGGUUUCUAUCCUUCUUCGCCGUUACAUGUCCACUGCCGAUGCUCUUCCGAAUCUACGAUGUUAUAUUUGCGGAGGGUGCUUCGGAAACAAUAAUGCGGGUAGCUUUGUCUCUGAUGCGGAAGAACCAGGACAAGAUCAUGGCGUGUACGGAGUUUGAGGAUGUGAUGCAGUUGUUACUAUCCAGAGGACUUUGGGAUGUCUACCACUACAAUGCGGACGAGUUUGUGAAUGAGUUUGUUAGCAUGACUGGGCAAAUCACCCGCGAGAGUCUACAAGCUUUAGAGGCCAGCUACAAGGAAGCUCAAGCUGCGAAUACAGUUACACCUACUGAUGUUCGAUCAGUUGCAACGACGUUUCUGGGCCGGUUAUGGACAAGUUCCAAUUCUUCGACAAAGUCAGCAAAUCUUAGUCCUGGUCUAACAGCACCUUCUCGACCGUCCAGCUUCUUGAAGCGAUCGCCUUCCAAGCAGAGUAUUGCUUCAACGUUGAACUCUAUGGAGGGCGGAGGGUCGGAUAGCAUGAUGAGUUCUUCAACAGAUGCUACGUCAAUCUCGAGGGAUUCUUCGAAUACUGAUGGCUUCUCUCUACGGGGUCAGUCUGUCACUUUCAAUGGUGCGGCUUCGAAGCCAAAUAAGGAUAAGAAUUUGCAUGGGCAGAUCGAAGAUUUGUUGAUGGCACUCAGCGAGUUGCAGAGAGAUCAUGCUAUUCUUGCUACGCAGCUCCAAAGGGAAAGGGAGGAACGUGAUGAAGAUCGAAAUGCUGUUCGAUCGCUGCUUGAUGGGCUGAGGAAGAAGACGAGCUCUGAGACUGUGGGUAGUGGCCGUAGCGAUGAGAGCCUCGAUACUGUCAAGGCUGCUCCUGUGUCGCCUGUGGACGAUGAGGAUCUUGAUGCAACGAUUGUGGCGGAGAAGAGUGUGGAAGACUCGGAUUCGGAGAGUCUUGCACCUGGGGCUGCUGACCUCUCUAGUCUGCUUGAUAUUGUUGAGGAUCGAUUCGCGGCUCCGACUGGCAAUAGGCGAUCUUCCAUGUUGCAGACAAAAUCCCAGCUGAGAGAGGAUAUUGUUCGUGCUAAGGAGCAGCUGAUUCACGAAGUUGCAAAGACCCAAGAUCUUAGUCGCCGGCUAUCCGAAAAGCAGCAGGAGAUCCAGAAUCUUAAAGAUCAAGUCAAGGAGGGACAUACCGCCAUUCGAAACGCUCACCAGGAUAAACAGCGACUGGAGAGACAGAUUCACGAACUUCGCGCAAGAAAGACACCCGCCACGACACCAGACGGAAGUAGAGAUCAAGAAAGCGAGUGGCCAAAUCGAUCAUCUGGCCACAGCGGGCUCCGAGAAUUGAAACUCGGACGCUCUGGAUCUAAUCGUUCCCAAAAGACACCAAUGACAUUCAACAAACGCACAUCCAGCCUCGCCAACACGAAAGAGAACGAGAUGCCACCACCACCAACGACCACCACACCUCCCUCCGAACCAGCGAUCUCCACCUCGAAACAAGACGAGACAGACGCCCUCGUCCUCGAACUCGUACAAGCAAAAACAGCCGAAGCCAUCGCCAAGCAAGAAGCCGAAGAAGCCAAAUCCAAACUCGAGAGUCUGAGAAAACUCCUCGGCGUCUCUGGUGAUGCGAAUGCGAAUGCGGCCAGCACGAUGGGACACCGUGUCAGUCCUAGCGUUGCGAGCGUGGCGUCGGGGAUCAGUGGGUAUAUCUCGAGGCCUCAGCCUCAACAUCAGACUUCUGCGACGGCGAAUGCGACGACGCCGAGUACUGUUGCUGCUGCUACUGGUGGGGGUGGUGGGUUCUGGGGUGGGUGGGGGAAGAGGGCGGUUAGUACGGAGAAGGUUCCCGGGAGUGGGGGCUUGUAGGUUAUGGGCUGGGGGCUGGUGGCUGGUGGCUGGAGGUUGUUGGAAAAGUAAUAAUUUGAAGAAUAUGAGAGAGCGGUGGAAGAGAAGGACGGACGUGUCCAGAUUAAGUUACUUAUGGACUCAGUGGAUCGAUCGAGGCUAAGACUAGGGAAUGUUUGGCUUCUUGGUGGUGGGAUUUAGGGGUGUUUUUCAUGUAUUUGGAGGAUUUUUUUUUUUUCGAGAAAUAGAAGUGAGAUGGUUUGGUUUGGUGCUAGGGAUGAGAUAAGAUGGGAUUGCUGUGGUUGUGAUAUAGGAAUAGGAGCCGUGAGGAGCGGAAGGUCCUCAAGAGAUGGGAGAGUGAGAGUGAGAGGGGAAUGAGGAGAGAGGAGUGGGAUGAAGAAAAGAAGAGUAGAGAGGAGAAGAAAGGAGGGGAGUAGAGAGUGGAGAGGAGAGGAGAGGAGAAGAGAGGAGAGGAAAUGGAAUGUUUAAAUAAAUACCCGGGAUUCUAUACCUCAGCUGAUACGCUGUACACCGAUACAAUCUUACAUUUAGUUGAGUCGGUGAUGUAUAUAUAUACACGAACUUCUUCAUUGAAAGAUUCCUUCUUUUCGUCUCCUUCCGUAAUGGGUGGCCUUCUCGUGCUGUGCGUGUGAUGUUAAUCCUGCGAAGACUCUUGUCGCCAAUUUCCUCGUGUUAUGCUGCGAGCUAGCUGGCUCAAAGCUGAUACCUACCUAGUCCAUGAUACAUAUACACUUGAAAAGACGUAAUUAACAUCAUGCGUGAAAUCUCGGUACGUAUAGAUACGAGUACAUCAUAAAUGGAUGAAUA